UCGUAACGACUCAGUUGCGCGCGAGUACGCAUUUAAAACGGUACGAUUUCCGCGUGGCGAGGGUGUUUCCUAAUUUUGCAUCCUCAAAAUGUUUUUCAAUCUAAUCAAAACGCAUAAUGUCCUUGGCGUUCAUAGCCUAACGCUGCUACUCGGAUUGGCUUGCCUGAGCUCGUGUGCGACGCACGACGAGUUGCCCAAGUGCGGUCUCUCGGGCGUAUAUAAGACGCGGCAGAGCGUUAUAGAGUCACCGAACUAUCCAAAUAACUAUCCGACGAGUACCUGCUGGGACUACGUGAUACGUUCGCCCUAUCGCUGUCCAACGAAGUUUCAUAUACAAUUUCUAGAUUUCCACUUGGAGUCGUCCGACAAUUGUUCAAAGGAUUAUUUAGCCAUUGGCGUUGAGAAUGAUGGGGAUGAUAUGGAUCUGUUGUGUGGUCAAGUGAUUGGCAUUAAAAAGUAUCACACACCGGGCGGUAUACUACGUUUGCGUUUUGUGUCCGACGACUCGCCGUGGACGACUGCACGUGGUUUUAAAUUACUAAUUACUCGUUUGGCUUGCGAGCGCGAGGAUUUCUUGCUCGAAACACAGAACUCGAUUGACGAGGAUACGGAGCAAAUUUUAGCACCUUCAGCCGAUUUCCAGCCGCCAAAAGACAACUUGACACAACUUUUUCGCAAUUGGUCGCAAACUGAACAGCACGUACCAUAUCCCACAGCGCCGUUAUUUGGCUGGAAUUUGCCAGUGCCACCACCGCCGGCGUUUGGUGAUUUGUACACGCCAAAUCAACGGUUGAAUCUAGCUGGUGGUGUCAAUAAACCAUGUGGACCGGAGCCAGCGAAUGUGAUUGCAUAUCCACCACCUUUAGGUGGCUACCCAGUAGUAGGUUAUAGAAGUAAUGAUGCACAGGAGCCUCUAAGCGCGGAUCAGUAUGUCAGUGAUUUGCAAACGGAUAUAAAAAGUAAACACUUAAAGACUGACUCUUUAGUGAAGAGCGUAAGCGAUCCACAACCGCGUCAACAAUUCGCGGGGCCACCAUUGCCCGGAACGCCACUCACUGGUUUUCAGUCCACGGCACUACCAGCUGUCGGUGCACAGCUCGGUGGCGCACAAAUUGUGGCUCCACAAUAUCCUGUCACACAGGAUAGUAGUCUACCGCUUGGUAAUAAUCAAGGCGUCGCUAUCUCAACAACAACCACUCAGCAAUGUUGCACCUCAUCCUUUCAUCAAAAACGUUUCUACCUCUCCAGCCCGGGCUUUCCACGCACUGCCUUCACUUCACUGCUACCCACGCAACAGCGUGAUUGUAAAUUUGGCUUAGAGAAAAAUGCGGAUAAUAUUUGUCGUCUACGCAUCGAAUUCAAAUUCUUUGAUUUCGGUCAGACCUAUGUGGGCACUGGCGCUGUGCAAGGGAAUGUUAACGUGGCCAUCAGCACGACGCGAGAUAUAUGCACUGAGGACUUUAUUGAGAUUGAUGGUGAACGCUUUUGCGGCUGUCGCACGGGACAUGUGUACACAAGUACAUGGGGCUUGGGCGCUAAGCAGAUACGCAUGCGUAUGGGCUACUCCGGCGUACCGUCGAGUGGUUUCUUACUAGAGAUCUAUCAGGAAGAGUGUCAGGAGACUGCUUUUGUACAGCAGCAACGGCCAGCACAUGAUAUGCCGGCGAAUGUCGCCCAACCAGGGUUGGCGGGCGUGGGUCUACUAAACACGAUAGCCAACCCGAAUGUGUACAAUCCCACGCGACAAGGAUUUUUAAAUCAACAACAAUUGCCCGGAUAUCAGCAGCCGACUUAUUUGGCGCAGCCGCUACAAACAAAUAUACCGAUAAGCCAAAUACCUUACCGGACGUUGCAAGCUCCGAAUUUAAAUCCCUACUUGGUGGCGCAACAACAACAACAACAACAACAACAGCUGCAGCAGCGACAGCAAUUGUGGCUGCCCACAGCGCCACCGCCGUACGCCGGUCCACUCAACGGUUUCCCACCGCCGUUUGUGCCAGCACUCAGUCCUUUCUAUCGCCAUGCACGCACUUCGAACGAUAUCACAGCCGCCAGUACACAUCAACCAAUGACUGUGGUGGAGACAAAUUCUACACGCAAAGAGUACUACUACUUCGAUGCUGACGAUGCGUUGGGGCAUCUACGUGCCAACGAUGAACCGGACGAUUUGGAUCGCAAUGGCGUGGCGCCGACGGCAGCGGUGCGAGAUCGCUGUAGUUACUCAACAAUGGAUGCUCUACGCUUGACCGUGGACACAUUGUGGAUAACCAAGCCCACUUGUUAUGCGCCGUUGCGCAGCUGGUUCAGCAAUAUUUUCGGCUAAAGCAUAGAGAAGUAAAAGAAGAAGAAGAAAACAAACAGAAACUUUGACAUUUGAAUUUCAAUGCAAUGAAGUGAAUGAAUAUAAUAAAAAAUGGGUGAAGCUGAAAUGUUAAGCCGCUCAAAACUCGAAUAAAGAUAAAAA